AUGUCUACAUCUACGCGGGCACAAAUCCUCCGAUCGCUAUCGACCACUUCGUUGAGGCCGGCGAGGAAGAAACCGCGGCUGUACAUUGUGCUGUACCCUCGCGGCGGGUCAUCGGCGACGUCGUCGUUCCGCAACGACUUCAACUGUGACUCGUACCACUGGGCGCUGGUGGUGGCGCCGCCCACGGGGUCACGCAAGGAUGCCGGCACGCGCUACCACGUCGCGCACCUCAACCACAGCUCCGGCAAGUAUUUCUACGAGGAGCAGGACAUUCCGUCGCACGCGGCCGCCCAGACGGGUUUGGUGCGCAUCACCCUCGCCAAGGUCACGGACGAGAGCCGUCUGCGGGCUCUGCUUCGAGACAUCCCCGUGCGCCAGGACGAUUCGGCGUUCAAUUGUCUGACUUGGGUCCGCGAGGCCUUCGUCAAGCUGCUCGCCGACGGCAAGUCCGCCAAGAGCUAUCUCCACGCCGAAGAUUGGAAGGCUGUCGAGGCCUGCGCCAGGGCUUACUGCAAGCGGAAGAGGGACGUCGGCCGCUUUCAGGAGCACAGCGCCCCGGCCAUCGUGCACGCCUGGAGAUGGGACGAAAUCAGCACCUUCAACUUCUGGGAGAACCGCGAGACUACUGCUUGA